AUGAUUACACCAGUUUUUACAAUUACGCAAGACCCGAAUCUUGUUAUAAUCGUUAUUAAAACUCCUUACAUAAAGGUAUCGGAUAUCGAACUUUAUUGUGAAGGUUCUGAUUUCACCUUCUAUGCAAAGCCAUAUUACUUAAGGCUUCAUUUUCCUGGCAAUUUAGUGGAUGAUGAUCGUGUUAAUGCCUCAUAUGAUAUUGCGGCUGGUGAAAUGAAUUUAAAGAUACCAAAGGAAACUCCUGGAAUGGAAUUCCCGGAUUUAGAUUUAUUGACCAAACUUUUAGCUCCAAAAAGUGUUAAGAAAAUUCCUGAAAAGCCUUUAAUUGAAGUCAUUGAAGGCGAUAAUAAUGAUGAAGUUAAUCAUGAAAAUAACGAGUUUAUUAGGUUAUUUGAAAAGGAAAAUGAACAAAAGCUUUAUGAAGAUAAUAACGAGGAUUUUUUAAUACGGGAAUUAAAUAGUGAAUCCAAUAAUAAUCAUAAUGAAAAACAAAAAUCUAAACCUUUAAUUCAAGAAAUAUUUGAUGGAAAAAUCAACGAUGAGAAUGAGGCUAAACGGAUAUAUAAUUUAUUAGAGGAAGGUAAAAUAUUUAUCAAGGCAGUUUAUAAACUUAUUCAAUAUUUAACUUUAAAUUUAUAUUUAGCUAAUGCUUAUGAUUGGGAGUUGCCGCAACAGGAAUUACUAUCUACAGCAAAAUACGGAUUCAAUGGACUUUAUUCAGGAUAUUUCAUGCAUGUACAAGAAACAUGUAAUGAAAUCAUAGAUAUAACUAAUCCAGAGAAAUCUACACCAGAAUCGCGUCGUAAGGACCGAAUUAAUGCCGAAAACAACAAAUUUGAUCCAGAUCACUAUAUAGCCGAUUUUAUGAGUGCGGAAGAAAUUAAAUACCUCAUUAAAUCAAAGACAUUAUGGUGGAAAGAAUUGAAACGAUUACAAAACAAUGAUAAAAAUGAAACUACCGUUAAUGAGACAGUCUCAACAAUAGAAAGACAGGACACUUCAGCGCCACCAACAACGAACGACGUAACCAAUGAUGUUUUGGCUGUAUUAAAAUUCACUGAAAAAGAAAAUAUGAUUAUGCGGAAUUUACCAAAUAAGCAAUAUCUACUUGAAAAUAUAGAAUCUAUUUAUUAUGGUCUAGUAGAUUUGUUGUUUGCUUAUAGUUAUAAUCAUAGGGUUUUUGAAGGAGAAAAUACUGUUGAAUCGGCAUGGAUCAUAGGAAAAAUAAGUCCGACAAUAUCUUGUCUUGAGCAAUUCAACAGUUUAGAAGAGAUCAUGAAAACAUUAUAUCGACGAUCAUUAGCUUAUCCUUUGCGUAGAAAUUAUGAGCUUACCGAAAAAUGUCAAGAUGAUGUUUAUGUUCUUUUUAAAUUAGGAAGACGUGCUAUUUUAAAAGUUUUAUUGGAAUUAAAAGAUUUAUUUGACCAUCAUGAUGUUUAUUAUAUAUAUUCAAAAAUAUGGUUAGAUGAUUAUUGUAUUUGGUGUCAAACCAAGGCCAGUGACAAAAUUAUUCGUUCUUUGGCACAUAAACUACAUCAUUAUAAAGUUUUAAAAUCUGAUAUUGGAUGGAAUUUAGAAGAAUAUGAGCAAAUAGCAUUAGAAGAUGCACAAGAUCAGGCAAUAAUUUAA